CGCCUUCCUGCCCAACCAUAAAACCUUUUGGCUUCGACAUGGUGGCUACUGGGAGAAGGAGGAGGACGAGAGCAUGAAGCCUCCAGGAUGGGCGCAAACAAUGGCAAGCAGUACGGCAGUGACGGUAAAGGCAGCUCAAGCAUCUCAUCCGACGUGAGUUCAAGUACAGAUCACACUCCAACCAAGACUCAAAAGAAUGCCGCCACUAGUGAAGAUUCCGACCUGAGCAUGCGCACUCUGAGCACUCCCAGUCCUGCAUUAAUAUGUCCACCAAAUUCACACAGCUUGCACAAUGGAAAAGAAUCUUCUACAUCUUCCUCUUCGGUCACCGGAGAGACCAUUGCAAUGGUUCACUCGCCUCCUUCCACUUGCCUCACCCACCCUUUCAUUCAUGCUGCCUCUCGACUUCAAAAAGAACAGGCCAAUAUCAACCGGCUUCCUGACCUUUCUGUGAUCCAGAUAUUUUCUUUUUUGCCCACCAAUCAGUUGUGCCGCUGUGCCCGUGUGUGCCGCCGCUGGUAUAAUCUUGCUUGGGACCCGCGACUUUGGAGGACUAUCCGUCUGAUGGGUGAGACAAUCAACGUGGACAGGGCUCUGAAGGUGCUGACACGACGACUUUGCCAGGAUACCCCAAAUGUCUGUCUCAUGCUGGAGACGGUAAUUGUUAGUGGCUGCAGGCGGCUCACAGACCGAGGACUUUACACCAUUGCUCAAUGCUGCCCAGAACUGAGGCAACUGGAAGUGUCCGGUUGCUACAACAUUUCCAAUGAGGCGGUUUUUGAUGUAGUAUCCUUGUGUCCAAACUUGGAACAUUUAGAUGUAUCAGGUUGUUCCAAAGUGACGUGCAUCAGCUUAUCCCGCGAAGUUUCCAUCAAAUUAUCUCCUUUACACGGCAAACAGAUUUCUAUUCGCUACUUGGACAUGAGUGACUGUUUUGUCCUUGAGGAUGAAGGACUGCACACCAUUGCCACCCACUGCACUCAGUUGACCCAUCUCUAUUUGCGCCGCUGCAUCCGCAUUACUGAUGAAGGCCUCCGAUACCUGAUGAUUUACUGCCCUUCCAUCCGGGAGUUGAGCGUGAGUGACUGCCGCUUUGUCAGUGACUUUGGCAUGCGCGAGAUUGCAAAGCUGGAGUUCCGCCUGCGUUACCUCAGCAUUGCCCACUGUGUCCGCAUCACUGAUGUCGGUCUCCGAUACAUUACUAAGUACUGCAGCAAGCUGCGUUACCUCAAUGCGCGAGGCUGUGAAGGCAUCACAGACCAUGGAAUAGAGUACCUGGCCAAAAAUUGCACAAAACUCAAGUCACUGGACAUUGGGAAAUGCCCUCUGGUCUCUGACAUUGGCUUGGAGUUUCUGGCUCUGAACUGCUUCAAUUUGAAGCGACUGAGCCUGAAGUCAUGCGAAAGUGUCACCGGACAAGGCCUGCAGAUUGUAGCAGCCAAUUGCUUUGACCUGCAAAUGCUGAACGUUCAGGACUGUGAGAUUUCAGUGGAAGCUUUGCGAUUUGUUAAGCGCCAUUGUAAGCGCUGCAUUAUAGAGCAUACUAACCCUGCCUUUUUCUGAAGCAAGAGUCACACUUGGUGCUGAAACAAAAGAUUAAAAUUGUUUGUAUGUACAUAUGCACAGUUUGUCCGCAUAUGCAACUGUGCCUUUCUUGUACCAGGAGUAGCAACAUAGACUUUGGCCAUCUACAUUGGUCCAUAUAUGAUAUCUUUUAGCAGCCUUACUCAACUCUUCAACUUCUGAAAACUGCAUGGAGUCAUCAUUCUCUAGCCUUUCAGGUUAUUGAGUGAGUGAUAUAUAUGUAGAGUUCAGAAAUCCCAAGGCAAAUAGCAAGUCUAAAUUGGUUGUUGACGUCAAAUAUCAUGGGAUCCAAUUCAGAGGAAGUUUAAUUUUAACUCCUUGAAAACUUGUUGGAAAAGAUAGUUAUGAAAAAUCUCUGUUGUUCUCUUUGGAACUUUGUCAUGGCUAUCCUUAGCUAAAUUGGAAUGAUAAAAACCUACCCUCUUUUAAGACUGUGUUUGGUUUUACAUAUUUGUGCCAUAAU